AUGGCCGACAACACAAACUUCAAACCUGCGUGGCAUUAUGACCUUGAAGACGGCGAUGCCAUACCGGUGGGAGACCGCUUAAUGCGUGUGACAGACAUCUGCUUCACGCAGAGGGAUGUCAACGACAGCUUCUCCGAUUCACGACGCCCGAUCAUGGAGUUGAUAGACGAUCUGUUGCAAGGGCGCAAACACCCACGUGAGGUGCCCCGAAUUCGGGUGGCUUUCCCAGGUGCCGAAGGUGGCUCCUUCGGGAAGUCCUUCUACUCUGCUGACAACAGGCGCUUGUUCGCUUUCAAGCAUUGCAAUGUCGACUGGGCUCCUGUUCGGGUACUCCGCUGGGAGAAGCAGCACGAGUUUGAGAUGAAGGCCAAGAAGGGAGAAGCUGUUCGAGCAGAGGGCGGUGGUCAUCUUGCCGGGAUGGUGCAACGGCUAGCAGACCAGCCCCUUCCGCGAAGCCCUGUGAUGCUCGAAGCACGGAGCAAAAUCAGCCUUUACAUGGACGAAGAUGCUCAGAGGCUACACGAUGAGCUGCGACACGCAACAAAACAGCGAUUCUUGAAAGAGAGCGAGAAUCGAGAAUUCCUCGCGGACUGCAUUGGGAAGGAAUGGAUGUUUGUUGUACAAAUCCAAGACCAGAUGAUGCCAGCAACUUUGAUGAAGGCAACGCCAGAUGGUACUUUCGAAGCGUGCAUCUGGAAUGGUCAAGACACGGUCUUUCACCCAUGCUUGCUGCCGAGUAACAUUUGGCUAAACAGUCAGGCGCCUGCCCCACGGCAGCUCGCUUUGAAAGAUCUGGCAUGUUCAAGCUUUAUUGUCCCAAGCGACUUGAAUGCCAAGUUGCCCAUCCCCUGGUGUGCAAUCUGCAGCAGGCGUAUAGGGUCAUCUUCGAAGGAUUUGAAGCGGCACGAGAGGGACCAUCCGGGCGCCUUCAGGUGCUUGGACUGUCCAAAGCAGUGCAAUUGCAGCGAAGACUUGCGGCGCCAUUCCAGGAAGAUGUCCCACCGAAUCCCAAUAACGUUUUCGCCGAAGGACACAUACUUCUGCCGAAUUGGUGCCGAAGCUGACAGCUCUGAUGACUCGCAAGAACCAGGCCCGUCAUCUGCAUCAAGCCACGGUGAGCCGCUGCCCGGCACUUUCGUUGAACAGCUCGCGCCCAUCCAUUUUGCAUGGUUUGCGGUGAAGGGCUACCAGGACCCAAGCAGAUGCGACAGCACGAGAAAGCUUCACAUCCGGAUCGGAUUUGAGACGACAUUCCCGAUCUACCGGCUCGAUGCCACAGAGGCCGAGGACUUGCCUGCGACGCAGAGAGAGGCCUCGGCAAAGAAGGGCUUGAACUUGGCUGACCUGGGUGCAACUGUCGUUCCUGACUUGUGGAAGGACCUAGAGGAGAAGAACAAGGAGGCGGAACUGGCAGUGGAUGCUGCAAAUGCUGCUGCCAGUGAGGCGUACAGGGAUGAGAAGAAGAAGUCUGCGGCAUCAGGUGAGACCAGAGGGGCUGAAGUCUCGGGGUGUGGCCUGUUCGGCCAGCCCGACAUCUCUGAGAUGCAGCAGGUGCAAGGCGCCGUACUGCUCCGUUCCAUGUCAACGGCAGCAUUGGCCGCAGCACAAGCAAAGCUGCACCACGUGGCGCCAACACCCUCUGCUCAUGACUUGCGACGCGAGCUGAAGCCAUUUGCUGCCAAGGGCUGGCAGGACUUUCUCGGCGAGCUUGGUGCGUCGAGCAAGGAGCAGGUGGAGAGGGUGAAGCAUCGCCAGUGCUUUGGCGUGGCAACGCUAGAGGCGCUGCACAGCUUGCCUUCCUUCGCGCGACUAGAGCCAGUCAAUGGGCGUUGUGUGAUGUGGGUGCUCGGAGCCCGCGAUGGCAUCGAGAAGCGCCAAAUCGUUCAAGGAGGCUGGCAGCGGCUCUUCGAGUCCUUGGAAGUGGGCUGGGACGUGGUUCUCGUCGGACCCGAGAUGAGUGAGGACAAGGCAGUCCUCACACACUCGGGCAUCAGGGUCUACACCUUCGCAUGCCUGGCCCACGAAGCUGUGAUGCCCCAGCAUCUGCAGCGUCCCACCUUCAUCUGCGCAUUCAACUCAGGCCUGGGUGCAAGUGUGCCAGUGCACAUGAAACCUUGGAUCCAGACCUUGGUUCAGCUGCUUGCAAUGGGUCGACCGCUGUUGCUGACGUGCUUUGGCAGCUACGAGGCCAGACUGGAAGCCUCCGUUCUCAAUGCGCUGCAGGCGCAAUACAUGCCUCACAAGCAGGGCGGCUUCGGUCACGUGCUCGAGGCCGACAAGCCACUGAGCAUCUGCAACGCUUUAUUCACUUGGGUUUUGGGGAGCUCCAUACCUGAGCCGCUCUUGUUAACGGACGUCAAGAGCUACGUUGAGAAGCAGCUGGAAGCGUCGCAGCUGCUGCUCUUUCUGAAGGAGCUGCGGAGCCACAUCCGGAUUCUGCAGGAUCCGGACGGCUCUGCUCAUGCUGGCUGGGCCGAGAUGUAUGAUGGCAGGUUCAUCCCAGCCAUUAAGCAGGCCCUCGAAGAAGACGAUGACGACAGAGGGGGCAUCCAGCAGAUAGUGCGCUGCACGAUGAAGACCAUCGCGUCGGCCUGUGCUGUGACUGCCGCCUCACGGCUCUUUCUGUACCUGAGUGGCUUGGAACUCCUGCGCUGCUUCAAGCGCUGGGCCGAAAGUGCUCCCUGGACUUCGCACGCCUGGAUACGGGAAGAGACCCUGGAGUGGGUGAGUGAAACCCAAGAGCUCCUGGAGCGCUUGGGCUCCGACUGCCAGAGCCUGGAGCAGAUCUCGCAAGAUCAGGAGAUCAACACUUUCUCUGCAUCUCUGCAAGUUCGGCUGGAGAGUGGCUGCGUUCUUUUCCAAGAGCCGAGUUUUGCUUCCCGAGUUGUUGCGCGAGUGGCACGAGGCCACCCCUUGCAAGCAGAUGCGCACAAGGGCCUUUGGAUCCGUGUCUCUCACCAAUCGGGAGCUUGUUGGCUGCACGGUUACACCGAGGAGGGACACGUCUGCGACAUUACAUACUGGGACGUGAAAGCCUGGGAAAGCAAGAGUCGCCCCGCCUCACAGGGCUCCUUCGGGCUUUCAUUGGGCCUAGGCUGUUUGUGGAAAGGGCUUCGUCCAUGCUAG